UUGGCUGAGUGCAGCAAGAGCAGCCUUUCUGUCCAGGGUCUGUGAGAGCAAAGAGAAAGGAAGGGGAAUCAUCCUAUUCUGCUGGAAGUUCACUGGCUGAACCAGGUUUCAAGAGCAGCAAGCACCUGUGUUUGGGAAAAGCCUUGAGUAUGACCAGAAAGAUCUUCACCAACACCAGGGAGCGGUGGAGGCAGCAAAAUGUCAACAGCGCCUUUGCCAAGCUGAGGAAGCUCAUCCCCACCCAUCCCCCAGACAAAAAACUGAGUAAGAACGAGACACUCCGCUUAGCCAUGAGGUACAUCAACUUCCUCGUCACGGUCCUGGGGGAGCAGAGCCUGCCGCAGACAGGAGUGGCUGCCCGGGGCAGUAUACUGGGGCUGUUUCAACAAGCCCCACAUUUGCAGAGUAUGCAGGAACUAACUCUGAUUGAAGACUGUGGAGUCCCUUCUCCGGGCACAAGCAGCAAUAUCCCAGAGUGCUGGUCAGAGACGUCAUCUCCCUAGCAGGCAAUGAGUGAGGCAGUCCUGGUGUUAGUUUGAUAGUCUCCUUUGCAUAACUUGUGGGUUGUUUGCCUCUGUACAGUAUUUAUCUAUUUAUAUCUAUUACUGUUGUAUUAAAUAUAUUUUUAUUUAAAAGGAAAGGAGGUGGAAGGAAUCAUUGGAAGGAGGACAAUGACUUGGAUGAAUAGGGAGUGGUGUUCGACCCUUGGAAAUUUGCAAGGAUUCAAUGUAGUGAUUUCACAGAUUCAUGGAAAAAUCAAAGCCAAGAGGGGACCAUUAUGAUCUGAGCCCCUGUAUCACAGAAACCAUAGAAUUUCAUCCAGUUAUUGCUGCAGUGGAAGAGAUUAUUCUUCCUUGCUACAUAAGGAGACGCUAUCGAGUCCAGUUGCUUGUGGCUCAGCUGGCAUGUUUCACUUAAAAAAUAUCCAGCCUUGACUGAAAGGUUCCAAGCAAUGGAGCAUUUAGCACAUCCCUUGGUCGGCUCUUCCAAGUUAAGAGUUUACAUCUUAUUUCUGUACUGAAUUUUUCUAACAAGUAGCUUUCAACUGCUGGGUCUUGUUUUGCCUUUGUCUGUUAGGCGGAAGGGCUCUCUAACACCAGAAUGAAGCACAAAUGAGUAAAUAAAUAACAGCCACCAAGAAAUUAAAACAGAAAUGCCAGCCUACGUUGAAAGAAGAAAUUUUAUGGGCAAAGUUUCAGCAGAUGCAGUGGAUAGUGUCCAUCAGCAGAUCUAUACCCAGCUGUGGGAGCACCAGAGGGAAACUGGCCAUCCUCAUUCUGGCUCCUUUCAAAACCCACAGAGAGUCUGCUCCUCUGGCCUUCCAUGGCAGGACUUAAUGGGCCCGGAGCUAGCCUUAUGUGCAUGAAUCCCCUGGGCCAGCAAAGACACCUGUAUGCAAACGUCUAGGCAAAUUCCACAUCACCCGCAGACCAUGCCAAACAAGAGUAGGAAGCGGGGACUCUGCGAAGCUGUUGCUGACCAGAAUACAGGCCUGCAGGAGUCCAGCUUUUGCAGCAAACAUGUGUGCCCAUUUGGCAUGCUUCCAGAGUUAGGUUUCCUAUGAUCGUCACGCCAGCCUAUGAGACCAGCGCAUCUCUCUACCAGAAUGGCUGAGGUCGUGUUUGUACAUGUAUCCUGUGUGUGUAUGGACCAUGGGCUUCCCUUAAAACGUGCUGAUUUUGCCUUUGAUAAUUAGAUGAGUUUGAGCCAAAGCCCAAUGAACUCAAGGAAAAAAAUGCAGUAGGAAAUACUUCCAUUGAACUCAGUGGGCUUCGGCUCGUGCCCCAUUAGCAGUAGCCCCAGUACAAAUUACUGUAGGGCAGUGGUUCUCAAACUAUGGGGUGAGCCUCCCAAGGGAGGCACAGGAAUGUGUCAAGGAAUGUGCAUGCUCCGUGGGGGGUGGAGGGUUGUUUUUUUAAGCACUCUGGGCUGUGGCUGUCAAUCCUGAGUGGCUGGGGCCCAUGCAGAAGGAAUGUGCACACCAAGGAAGCAGGGAUAAAGGGGACAGCCAGAGCCCUGCUGCCCCGGGGGUCGGGUUCUUCUUUCCACCCACCUCAAUCCCUCACUGGAAGGCAGCCGGGGCUCAGGCUAUCCUUUCCCUCCCACCCCCAAUCCCAAUCCCUCACCUGGCUGUGGUGGGGCUCUGACUGUCAAUCCCGGUGUGGCUGCAGCAAUGCAGAAGUAAGGGUGGCAAUGGGGCGCU